CCCCCCUGCUGAGAGAGCCCCUCGGUGUGGAAGAAGGCGUCUCGGGCGUGCCGGACCGCUCCAGGCAGGUAGCAUUGAAGUACGCGUGCAUGUUUGCUUUAUAGGUAGAAAUGAAGAGAAAUUACCGGAGAGGCAAAGAAAAGCAUGGGUGGAGCGGUCGCAAGCACAGCUACCGUCCCCACCGGUACAGAAGACCCGAUCACAACAACUGUACUGAAAGGGCGGAACAGGAGGAACCACAGACCCCAGUGAGUGCAGGCCCCAGCGGCAGUGGAAAUCCAUCUUCAUCCAGUUCAACUCAGAACUCUGUAGUACCAGAACUGCCGGGAUUUUACUAUGACUCAGAAAAGAACCGCUAUUUUCGCCUACUGCCUGGACAUAAUAACUACAACCCACUCACCAAGGAGAGCAUUCAGUACAAGGCAAUGGAAUGCAAAAGACUGAGACUCCUAGAAGAGGAAGAAAAACAAAAGAAGAAAACAACAAGGGCUGGACUGAACUCAUCUGUGCUGCUACAGAAAAGGCAGCUGGGUUUGCUCAGCUCCACAAGCUAUUGCAGGCUGGUCCACGAACUAAAAGUGAACUGCAUGCAGAGGAGGAAGAUAGAAAUUCACAGUCCAGAUUCGUCAGUUGCUGGAACCAACAAUUUUAAAAUAAUUGUGGCGGAUGUUGCUUGUGAACGGAUAUUCACUGUGAAUGAUGUAGAGCAUGGAGGAUGUAAAUAUGGUAUCAUCAACCUCAGUGGUUUGGGGAAGGAGUCUCUCACUGUGGAGAUGUAUGACAACCUCUACUUCACAAACCGCAAAGUGAAUUCUGUGUGCUGGGCAUCACUGACGCAUCCAGAUUCUCAUGUUUUGCUGUGUCUCAUGGGAAUUGCAGAAACACCAGGCUGUGCCAGUCUCCUUCCAGCAUCAUUGUUCAGCAGCACUAACCCAGGAGAUCGACCUGGAAUGCUGUGCAGUUUCAAGAUAUCCACUGCCUGGUCCUGUGCUUGGUGCCUGAAUCCCCAAGCAGACAACUGCUUCAGCACAGGCCUGACACGACGAGUUCUUGUGACCAAUGUAGUGACAGGGCAUCGACAGACAUUUGGAACCAGUAGUGAUGUAUUGGCGCAACAGUUUGCCACACAGACCCCGAUGCUGUACAAUGGCUGCCGUUCAGGUGAGAUUUUCAGCAUCGAUGUGCGUCAACGCAGCCGAAAGGGCCAGAGCUGGAAAGCAAUUCGUCUCUUCCAUGACUCAGCAGUCACAUCUAUUCGCCUUCUUGAGGCUGAACAUUACAUUAUGGCAGCAGAUAUGGCUGGAAAGAUAAAAUUGUGGGACCUGAGAACAGCAAAGUGUGUGAAACAGUACAAAGGUCAUCACAAUGAAUAUGCAAUUCUCCCUCUGCACGUAAAUGAGGAGGAAGGACUUCUUACAGCAGUUGGUCAGGAUUGCUACACCAGAAUUUGGAGUCUCCAAGAUGCCCAUCUGCUUAGAACCAUCCCUUCUCCUCACCCAUCCUCCAAAGAUGCCAUUCCCAGUGUGGUGUUUUCUUCAAGACUAGGGGGUAGCCGAGGAGUUCCUGGCUUACUCAUGGCUGUCAAACAGGAUCUCUACCACUUCUCCUAUAACUGACACAAUAUUCUCCUCAGACCUGGUCUACAAAGCUGCCAGCCUAUACAUGAGUUAAAUUUUUGCACCAGUCACCAUGCCGUUGAGUCACUAUGUGCUGCUGUUGCAUCUGCUUUACCCCUGAAAUUCUGAACCUCCUUCAGCAGGUUCAGCAAAUCUUGCCGUAUACAUCUCAGACAUCUUGUAAAUAAAAGGUGAAUGCUGAUUAACUUCUUGGGCAAUAUUCAGCCUCUUUGAAAUCUAGCUAUAAGCUUUGAAAAGCUGGUAAUGUGCAGUGAGGGCCUGACUCAUGCUAGCUGAAUUUGCUGUCAAAAGGCUGCUCUACAUUAAUCCUACUUGGGUCAUAUAACUGUUAGCUGUGGUUACAUCCACAUUAGCAAGUUGCAACAGAGUGGAUUAGGGGAGUGAAAUAGCUGGUGUUGAGAAGCUGACACUAUAGGUGUUCCAGGGCUUCGUUUGGAGUAGCGUUGGUCUGGGACCCUGCAUCAGCUGUCUCCACUGCAUCUGUGUUCCUUGCACUGCUUCUAACCAGCUGUUUCCCCACUCACACCAUCGAUCCUUUUUGCUGGGCCAUGCUAAACUUUGUCCUUUUCAGAUGAUGGUAGCACGCCACUGCCCUGCCACCAUCCCCUUUAAAAGGCAGCAUGUGUAGAAGAAAGCCCCUCUCUUUGCUCAGUAGCCAGGCUGAAUGUCCCUGUUCAUUUAUCACACUGUCUCCUAACCAAGUCCACACCCCUUGCCUGGGGUUCGGUCAGCAGUCUGGCAUGGCAGGCUUGCUUAUGCACCUGUAGCAGGAGACAAGCCCAGCCUGGACAGACCACAUCCUCUUUGGGACAAGAGAUGACCUGUGCAGAGUCAAGACUUUUGCAUACAGAGGUACAAGUGCGGUACCUCAGCUGUGAAGCUGUAGCACCAGCUCAUGGUAAUCGGAUGACACUGCAGGAGCCCAUACCUGCAUUUGAGAACAAUUAUCCCAUGGAGCCUCAUUACCUCCAGCUCCUGGCUAGUAACCAGUCUGGGUAGGGCAAGACCACCCUGCAGCUAGCAUAUGUCGGAAGCAUUGACAAGAUCAGGAGCCUACAGGGGGCGAAGGCCCUCAUAAACUAGGUGGGGCUACUGAUGGGCUUCACAGGAAAGACAUGCUGCACUCAAGUUUUCCACAAUUCUUGGAAAAGGAAUGCAGGAACUGCCUUUGCAUCCUGGGAUCCACUUAGAGCAUUCAGACAUACAGCUGUAUCACCAGAGCUGCUGCUUCCCAUGGGGUCCUGCCAGGUCAGCGGGUGAGUGUACAAACAGGUCAUAAUUGCAUCCUUGCUCACAUACAUUAGGAUGGAGGCUGUGCCCAGCUGGCUCAGUGAGAUGGCGGUGUCGGAGAGCGCAGCUGGGCAUCUGCAUUCCAAGUGCCUUCUGAAAUGGGGUACAGCCUGCACCAUUGCACCAAGGCAAGUGUUGCUGAUGACUACAGCUGUGGCCUAUAGCUGGGACUACCCAGCAUGGCACUGGCACCUGGGACACAUCUGUGCCUUCAUUGCAGAGGGGUGCAACAGUGCUGAGCAUCCUGGGUAGGAAGGGGCUUGCAAGUCCCCAUCAAAGCUUUUCUACUUCACUAAGUUGCAUCCCAGGAAUAAAAAGAAACAGGGCUAAUACCAGUCUCUUGACUGCUUACCCCAUUCGUUCCGCCCUAUCUUU